CCCGCCCGAACAAAGCACGCGCGCCCAGCAACGCCUCAAAAGCGGCUCAGGCUCACCCGAGGGCCAUAUGUCCGACAUGUCUACCUUCGAGUCGCUCGUCGCAGACCUCACCCGCGACGCGCAACGCGUACAGCCCAGAGACGCCCUCCAAUUCUGCGCCACCUGGUUCCAGUCUCGUCUCGAGGAGCAGCGCACCCGCAUGCGCGAUGUCCUUGCCCAACGCUCCUCUAACGCUCGCGAGCUGCCUGCCGACCACUAUAUGGACCGCCCCUUGAGCCCUAACUCUAGCCCGUCCGUUCCCCCUCCCAUCUCGCCCUUCUCUACCCCGUUUGCCAGACCGCGUGCCUCGCUGCAUAACUCCAUGUCGAUUCCUAGCCCAUUUGGCACGCUCAAUGUCCCUGGGAACGCGCUUCUCCCGGAUAAUCGCGACAGGGCGACGCCGCCGACGUUCAGGGUCGACCCCGACGAGCAGUCACCCUCCUCGCCGCUGAGUUUCCAAAAUCCCUUUGCAUCAUUUGCAAAUGGUCCUACAACACCCUCUCCCGUAGACUAUCUACAUACGCCCGAUCCGACGAUUCUUGCCCGCCGGCCCUCUGUCAGCGCGGAAUCCAUAGCCGUCGACAGCGAGAUAGACGAGCCUCUGCCUGUGUUCCCCAAAACACCCGAUCAAAUGCAGCGCAUCCGCACAUCAAUUGCCAAUAACUUUAUCUUCCGCGACUUGGAUGAGGAGCAGGAGAGCGGUGUGCUCGGUGCGAUGCGCGAGAUACGCGUCGUCAAGGACGAGGUCGUCAUCCGCCAAGGCGAUGUUGGCGACUUCUUCUACGUCGUUGAGGACGGCUGGCUAAACUGCUUCAUUCGCCCCGAGCCUCUGCCUCCGGCUUGGCUGUCCGGCACCGCCGAGACAUAUGAGAAGUUCUCGCAGCCGGGCUACCACCCGGACUUUGGGAGGCAGGUUGCAGAAUGCCGGGAAGGCAGUUCAUUCGGGGAGCUUGCGCUCAUGUACGGCCAUCCGCGUGCGGCGACGGUCUUGGCUAUGGAGCCUUCGACUCUGUGGUCACUCGACCGCAUCACGUUCCGCACGAUCAUCCUUAAGGCCGCGCACAGAAGACGCACGAUGUACGAGCAGUUCCUGUGCUCCGUCCCUCUCCUCACAUCGCUCGAACCGGGUGAGCGCAGCAAGGUUGCCGACGCGCUCGUCAGCCGCGUGCAUGGGGACGGCGAGGCAGUGGUGCGGCAAGGAGAACCGGGUGACACGUUCUUUUUCGUCGAGGAAGGCGAGGCGGUGGUGACGAAGACGACGAAGACAGCCGACGGCGAGAAGAGAGAAACCGAGGUCGGGCACCUCACCAAAGGCGAUUACUUCGGAGAGUUAUCGCUGUUGAGAUUGGAGCCCCGCGCGGCCACCGUCAGCGCUGUCGUUCGGACGGAACCCGCACAGCCGAAGCUUAAGGUGGCGGCACUGGACGCAAAUGCGUUCACCCGGCUAUUGGGGCCACUGCGGGAGAUCAUGGAGCGCAAUGCGGGGCAGACGUAUGGCCCUGCCUCGCGACUGUCCCGGUGAAUUGUCGGUUGUCUGUAUACGGGGUCCGUUCGAGUUCUUGCUGUAAUUGCUGUCGUGUAUCGUAUUUUGUCCAUUUCUUGGGAUGGAAGUGUAGCCUAUUGUAACCACGUGACGCGAUUGUGCAGCAUUGUCGAGGGAGAGAUUCCUGAAAAGGGAAAUGUCAUGGCGAUGUGGCUCCUCCGCU